AUGCAGAGUUCUUGCAGCAGUUUGGGCACAAAACUGUUGUUGCAUCUUCUCUCUUGCUGUGACAUCAGCCCCAUGACCAACACGGCGAGUGCGCGUUGCCAGCCAAUCAGCUUCGCCUUGAAGCGUUCCGAUGCCGCGACGCAGAACGGAAAGGACGUCCCCAAUGUUCUGAGCUCAGGGCGCAGCAUCUCGCGCACGAAGACACCGACCAGGCGCAGCGACCGGCGCUUCCCGGCCGACACGCCAGCCCGCAGCCGUAGUCGGCGCCACGAGCGUGAGGGUCGCCGGCGCCGCCGCCGCCGUCAUUCCCGCGCACGUCGCAGCUCCAGCUCAAGCCCAAAGGCCAGAUCCAAACGCGAGGAUGCACUGAGCCGCGAGAGGAGUGCGGAGAAGGCAACCUCAGAGGCUCCCAUGGAGACAGAGGCGCCUUCCGUCACGGAGACCGUGCUGCCGGCACGUGUAGGGCCAGGAUUGCCCUUUCUUUCCUUCCGAGAGUUUGUCCUGACGCAACCGAUCGAGACCGUUGACGCCAGGAAGCCGGAACAGCUCGUUGAGGAGUACAAGGUCUACGAUGGGGACCACAAGCGCGACUGCCAGGAGCGGUAUUGGGCAGCCCACACGGAUCAGGGCAUCCUCCGUGACUCCUAUCAUCCGGAGAACCUGCGGCGUUUGUGGAAGUGGCGGUGCGACCGCAGCAAGCAGAUGAUGGAGCACUUCUGGAAUGCUUUGGCCAGCGGCAAGUUCGAAAAGCUGCACUUGUGCUACAAGAGCUCAACGUCCAUGGAAGGUCACGCCCUUGAGGAAGUCCGCAAGAUCAAGCUCCCCAAGAAGCAGCUGCAGGACCUACUUUGCCUCCAGCAAGAGCACGUUCUGGUGUUGGAGGACGUUCCGCGACAGGUGAGCAUUUGGGACAUACACGAUCAGCUGUCGCAGUUCAGUGGAUUCGAGGAUGCAUUCUUGGGAGGCCGGGACUUGGCACAGGUCUCGCAGGCAGCCUUUGCGCACUUCUCCUCCGAGCUCGACCUCAAGGCGGCCUCGAGUGCCUUGAGCGGUGGCCUGGCUUUGGGCGACGUGCAGCUCCGGGCCAAGGCUGUGGAGCGCGAGGGCGAGGACAGCGAAUUCGAGGUAUCACUCAUCCCUGCAACCGCGGACGCGGAGCGUGUGGAGGAGGAUUUGGAGCUGGCCAGCCAACUUGUUCGAGCACUGGAUUCGGCCGUUUGCAUCCCUACCGAGGACACUGAGAAGGUCGCUGCAGCCAUCAUGGCCGUGCCUGAGGUCGAGCAUCGACUGGACUUGCACAUCCUCUACCUUCGCACAGUACACAACUGCUGCUUCUACGGCGGCGAGUGGUGCUCCGAUCCGUAUGAGCUCCGUCGCCGUGCGGGAGCAGGGAGCCUCCGACAGGCAAGAGAGCACUUGGCUUUGUCCAGCUCCACAUGGAUUUCAACUCACUGUGAGCCGCUUGCCGUAGAGCUGCGGGCAGCCGGGCCGGGAAGGUGUCGGAUUGGGCAGUAUUGCUGGAUGUCACACACCCGCGUGAGUCUUUCGAUGUUCAUGGGAGAGGUGCUGCACACGCGUGUGAUGAAGCUUCCAGCUUGCUCAGCUGCCUGCUAA